AUGUCCUCAGAUACCUUCCAAGGCUGGGUCGCCCACGAUGCCACCAGCCCACUAACCUUCACCACCUUCACGGCCAAACCCUUCGAACCAACCGACAUCGAAAUCGACAUCACGCACUGCGGCAUCUGCGGCACCGAUCUCCACACCCUCCGAUCCGGCUGGGCCCCAGCCGACUAUCCCUGCGUGCUCGGACACGAGAUCAUCGGGACCGUACGUCGCCUGGGGUCGGCCGUCUCUUCCUCAACCUCGCAGUCCCAGGACGAAACAAUCCAACUGGGCGACCGCGUCGGCGUCGGCGCCCAAAGCGCCUCCUGCCUUCGCGCAGACUGCGACGCCUGCGCCGACGGCCAGGAGAACUACUGCACGCGCAUCACAGGCACAUAUAACUCCCGAUACCGCGACGGCGCCAAAUCCAAAGCCCACGGCGGCUACGCGACCCGAUGGCGCGGACCCGCGCACUUCGCAUUCAAGAUCCCCUCCACAUUACCCUCCGCGGAGGCCGCGCCGCUCCUAUGCGGCGGGGUGACGAUGUUCGCGCCGCUCCGGAAACACGGCGCCGGGCCGGGCAAGUCGGUUGGGAUCGUAGGCAUCGGCGGACUCGGACACAUGGGGAUUUUAUUCGCGAAAGCGAUGGGUUGCGAUACCGUGGUGGGAAUUUCACGGACGAGUAGCAAGCAGGCAGAUGCGGUGACGGGUCUUGGGGCGACCGGGUUCAUCGCAACGAGCGAGGAGAAGAACUGGGCGCGGAAGCACAGCCGGACGCUCGAUUUGAUUAUCUGCACCGUGGAUGCGGCGGAUAUGCCUCUGGGUGGGUAUUUGCGGUUACUGAAGCUGGAUGGCACGUUUGUGCAGGUUGGGGCGCCGGAGCAGCCGUUGCCGGCGUUGACGGCGUGGUCGCUGAUCCAGAAGAGUGUGAAGGUCACUGGGUCGAGUUUUGGGUCGCCGGAGGAUAUCAGGUUGAUGUUGAGGCUGGCGGCGGAGAAGCGCGUGGUGCCGUGGAUUCAGAAACGGGCGAUGAGGGAGGUGAAUGAGGCGUUGGGGGAUAUGCAUAAUGGGAAGGCGAGGUAUCGGUAUGUGUUGGAGAAUGGGGAGGCACAGGCGAAGCUGUGA